AUGGCGUACAACUACCUGACAUACCGCGUGCCACCGGUGUCAGCAUCGCUCAAGGCAAUCGUCCUCUCCAACAACUUCCUCUCGGGCACCUUCCCUGCCAACUCCGCCACCUCCUGCGUCUCUGCUGCCAACUGCUUCACCAGCGCUACUGCCUGCAGCACUCCUAGCGAGGAUGGUGGCACGGCACAGCGAGCGUCAGGGUGUGAUAUCUGUGGCAGUGCGAGUGGUCAGGGCAUGCUGUGCGGUGGCACAGGGGUGUGCACGCCCAAUGCUGCUGCACUGUUCACUGCCAAGACAGCAAAUACUGCUGCCGCUGCUAUUCUCCCCAUGUCUUGCGUUGACCUUGUGUGUGCUGCAGCUGCACCCAUUGCGUGCCCCACUGACUGGCGCUGCCAGGGUCUGAAGUGUGCAGCAACUGCCGUCUCCAAUUGCGUAGGCUACCUCUGCACUCCUUAG